UAGUUAGACGAGAAUUCAGUCAGGAUGAUAGACUUUGUGAGCACAGUUAUUUUUAUGGCAAUCUCGUGUCACAUUUAUGGGAGAAACUGGUAUAAUAUUUUUUACCAAGAAUAUCAAAAUAUUCUAAAAAUCUAUUUUGAUGUUUUUCGUUGAGCUCCAUAAUUUCGGAGAUAUUCAAGGUAGACUUUAAUAUCUCGUGCUUUAUCGCGAUAGAAAAAUCAUGCUUCAUUCCGGGAGUCGGGUUUGGUUACGUUCCAUGCGUUCAACUUUCUUAAUUUCAUAACAAUAAUACAGUCAUUAACCCGCGAUUGCUCGCCAGUUGUAUUAAGACAAUCGAAAACACCUGAUUAAGUGAUACGAAAAGAGUGUUCAGAUAGUGUGGAAGUGAAAAUUAACAGUGGUUUUGGAAUUGUGCGCCAUGAGGGCACUACAAAAACAAAACUGGCAAACGUAACCUCAAAAUCACUUGUCAAAAUUGUCAACAAAGGAAUGAGAAAGACAACGAACAACAAAGGUCUCAAAAAAUCUCCCCCACUUUCUACAACGUGACCACCCGUUAACCCCUUACCAACAGCCCUGUAAAAGAUGUCGUAUCUCCGAGGUUCAGCGAACUAUGUCUGGUGCACCACAAGCGUUCUCGGUAAGGGAGCCACUGGUGCUGUCUUCCAAGGAGUUGACAAGAACAACGGCCAGCCAGUGGCCGUGAAAACAUUUAAUCAACUCUCCCACAUGCGUCCAAUGGACGUUCAGAUGCGUGAGUUUCAGGUCCUAAAAAAGGUCAAACACGAGAACAUAGUGAAGCUCCUAGCAAUUGAGGAAGAGCAAGAUGGUCGCGGUAAGGUAAUAGUAAUGGAGCUCUGCACUGGAGGUAGCCUCUUCAACAUCCUAGACGAUCCGGAGAAUACUUAUGGCCUCUCGGAGUCGGAAUUUCUUCUCGUUCUGGAGCACCUCUGUGCGGGGAUGAAGCACUUGCGUGACAAUAAUCUCGUCCACAGGGACUUGAAACCCGGCAACAUAAUGAAGUACAUCGCUGACGAUGGCAGUACAAUCUACAAACUGACAGAUUUUGGCGCAGCUCGAGAACUUCACGAGGACCAGCAGUUCAUGUCGCUCUAUGGAACCGAGGAGUACUUACACCCUGACAUGUAUGAACGCGCCGUUCUCAGGAAACCAGUGGGCAAGACCUUUGGAGCAACUGUUGAUCUGUGGUCAAUCGGCGUGACACUGUACCACGUGGCAACUGGUAAUCUUCCUUUCAGACCGUUUGGUGGUCGUCGAAAUAAGGAGACUAUGUUUCAUAUUACCACGAAGAAGUCGUCAGGUGUCAUCUCUGGGAGUCAAACGACUGAAAACGGACCCAUCGAAUGGAGCAGAGAACUUCCGAAGAAUUGCAGGCUUAGCUUUGGAAUUAAGAAGAUCGUUACACCCUUGUUAGCUGGACUACUGGAGGUCGACAGACAGAGGAUAUGGAAUUUUGACAGGUUCUUCAGCCAAGUGACAGACAUCCUCUCGAGAAAGGCAUUUCAUCUGUUCAACAUGCACACGAUGCAAUCGAUCGUUAUUUAUCUUCAACCCGACGAUAAAUUCCACACGCUCAGGGCUGCAGUGCAAGAGCAGACAGAGGUCUCUCCAAAUUCCCAAGUGAUUCUCCUCGGUGAAUCACCGAUUACUCAACUGGUAGAGGAGUCAACCCCCGCUAGAGGCUACCCCCUGUCCAAGAUAUCAGUGGAGGGGCCCUUGACAUUGUACUCCAGGGAUAACAACAAUGUCGUUCCACCGAUUGUUCCCAUUUCUGAGGCAAACAAUAUCUCUUCCAGCAGUACUCAGGGUAGUGAUACCACUAGUCAGGGCUCAGUGACAUCCUCGUUGUCAUCCACCUCGACUUCUGAGAAGGCGAGAUCUUACGCAGGCAUUGAAACGCCGAUAAUUUUUCCGACAUUCGCAAAUAUUGUUUCAGUGGAGAAUGACGCGAGUCAAGCAAAGUUGGCAUGUUCAGCUGGACAUUCCUGCAAGAGGACGAUCGACAAGUUGGUGUCCUCGAGUAAGCUGUCUCAGGAAGCUGUGACAUCCUUUAUCGGACUUCUCAUUUCACAGUUGACAAAGCUAUUACAGAAAGUUGAUCGUCUCAAAGACCUCACGAAGGCUCACGAGAAGACGCUCCUUUCCAUCGAGCGUUACGAAUUCUUUUGUAGACAAGCAUUGACAAAAUUAUUCUCAGAGAAGACGAUUCGUCCUGCAUCGGCCAAUGAAGCUCUUCAGUUCGACAUUAACGAGUGGAAGGGGGAUUUGCAAUCGAAGACGAAACAGUUGUUCAGUGAAAUUGCACCAGCUGUGAGUCAGCUCUAUCAGAAAUACGUGAAGGAUGGGCUGUUAAAGGGGGAGUGGGAUUCCUCGACGCGACAAUUAGUAUGUCCUUGGAGGAAGAAAGCCAGUGAAAGGGCGUCGGCUCUCGUUGACAGAUUGAGAGACGGUUGGCAACAUUUAUUGAGGGACAGAGCUACGAGAACUCUGACGUACAAUGAUGAGCAGUUCCACGUUCUCGAGAGGAUCAAAGUGACUGAGACUGGUAGGAGGAUGAAAAUGCUGCUGGAGACAGAGUGCAUUCCCUCCAUUAUUCAGAGGUCAGAGUCUCUCGCCGAUUGGUACAAAAUGGCACAGACUGUCUAUCUACAGAUUCAGUUAUUGGAUAAGGAUCUUGAUAAUUAUGAACGUACUUUGGAGACAAUGUCUUAUCGACUCGCCGAUGAAAGUGCUGAACAUCACGAAGCACUUUGUAAAUUACUUGAUCAAUUACCUAGUGGGCAAACUUUGGAGCAGGGAUCUCAUUUGCCCAGUUGUAUCAGGGAAGAGGGGACCAAGAUGUGGAGAAAUAUCUGUGAUACACAAUUGGAGAUUCGAGGAAUUCUCAAGGAGAAUGAUGAUCUAUUUGAUAGGCUCGCAAGGCUUUCAGAGUCCUAUAGAUUGCAGAGACACAGUGAGGGGAAGAGUGAUGGCGGAGAUGAGGAAGAUGACAAGUCUGGGGAGGAGGAUAGCGGUGAGAAUGGCGCAAAGGAGAAUAUUCAAGGGUAUCGUAAGAGCUGUUUUAUUAAUCACGAAUAAUCUUUAAUAAAAUAUUGCUGGAUUUGUGAAUUUUACAGAUGUUUCGUGCGAUGCAUAUUUAUUUUAUUAUUUCUUUGUGGUAUUAAAGAUAUUUAGUAGUUUUGGA